AUGAAUGCAGCACUAAUCCAUGACAAAUUAUUUAUCAAAGCAUUCUGGGAGAAAAGAAUUUCAAAUCACACCCAGAUAACCAACAGUGAGGAAUUAAGGAUGAAGAACAGUGCACUUUCAAAGCUCCGUGAGGAAUGGCUAAUGAGACUUGAGAGUCAAACAAAACAUAUCAAGAACAUCAAUGACAGACAUGCCAUAAUGUCAACAGAGGCCAAGCAGAUUGAUCAGGAAUGA